AUGACCCCCUACCAGCUCACGAUAGACGCUAUGGAUCGCACAGCGGUCGUCCCCGUUCUCGUAAUUAUCAUAGGGAUCCUUUGCGAAGUCGCUUUCGUCGUGGAUCUUUGGUUUAGCUGGCACGUGCGUGAGUCCCAGGCGUCAAUGGAACUGUAUGACCAAAAGCUGCGGAGCGUGUACAGGAAGGAGCGGAUGCUCUGGGAUAUCCUCGCCGCCAUUCCGUUCUACGAUGUGCUGGCAGUACUGGGCUGCAGUGCGUGGUUCAAAUUGCUACGUUGCAUCAAGAUUUUCAACCUCGGCAGCUACUUCAACGAGCUAAACCGACGUAGCAUUUCCAACGAGACAACCAGCUUUUGGCACGUCUGGAUGGGGUAUUUGUUGGUCAUCUACUGGGUGGCGUGUGCGUAUCUGGCAGUGUCGAUGGACGCAGGCUUCGGAGCAGAGUGGGAAGGGUAG